AUGGGUACUGUUGUCCAGGUGCAGCUAGUGGAGGGAGCCUCAGGAGCUUGGAUCCCUCGAUUGAAGGAACAUUUCGGAGUCCAGGCGUUUGACUUAGUUUUCCGGGACCACUGGAAAGAUUGCUACCUUCCUGACACAAAACUUCUGGAGGAGUGUGGUCUCAUACAGAAAGGCACAGUGAUGCUGGCAGACUAUGUCAUCUGUCCAGGAACCCCUGACUAUCUGUAGUACGUACGCAACAGCUCUCGCUACAACAGCCACUACUACAGAUCACACCUGGAGUACACUAAAGCAGAGAACGUCCUGGAGAAGUCUGUGUUCUUAGGGUACUAGCCAAACAGUGAGCCUCUUGCUUUAAAACACUGUAACUCUCUCUUGAUAAAACAUUUUGGGUUAGUUUCAAUUUAAAGUGACGCCUUAUAUCUUAGUUAUGACAUGCUGUAACUUACUGUGCUAAGCAUUUCUUUACCUGUAGAACUGAUGUUAACUAGAGUAAGCAAAUAUGUCGUUGAAAAACUAUUUCUACUUGUGUUUUGACAUUGUCACAAUGCUGUCUUGCUAUGCAAAUGAUGAAAAUACCAUCAGUUUUACAGCUGCAGAAUUACAUUAGUGCGAUGUCUUUUUCAAACAUGGAUUUAAUACACUAGGUGGCAGUAGUGUGCCUUUUUAGAGAUUCAAUCAGAUAACUGCAAAGCAGCAUGCAGUGGUCCCAUCAUAACUUCAUAGCAUUUAUAGCCUUCUUUCCAGUUUAGGCAGACAGAAAAUGGUCUAAAGUCUUACACCAUAUCUAGCAACUUCAAAUAAUUAUUCAUAUUUUGUUAUGACACUGUAUCAGAUCUACAUUGAGUUAUUAAA